UAUAUAUAUCUGUCAGAUUUCCGUCUAAAGAUAGUCCAGCUCGAAAUGUUGUCUAAAUUGGGUUGUCUGUUGUUUGUUCUCUCGUUUGGGAACAGCUUUUGUUCAAGCCAGGAUGAUCUGCCAGAGAUAGACACGCCUUUGGGCAGAGUUCGGGGAUAUUGGAAGACAUUAGAUGGCAUAACUUAUGCUGCUUUUGAGGGAAUCCCGUACGCAAAACCACCAGUGGGCGAUCUGAGGUUCGAGGAACCUGAACCCAUAGAGGCUUGGUCAGAAACCUUGGAAGCAAACACUUCUCGCACGUGCAUUCAAGUCAAUACGCUAGAUUCUAGCGUAAUAUUUGGAGACGAAGAUUGCCUCUACAUGAACGUGUACAUCCCUGAAGAUACAGUGAAGAACCCAAAAGUACUCGAUGUGAUAGUUUCAAUCCAUGGUGGUGGUUUUAUGGCGGGUAGUGGGCUUAUCACUUUUAAUACGUUACUAGAGAAAGACGCCGUCCUCGUAUCUUUCAAUUACCGUCUUGGUAUUCUAGGAUUCCUCAGCAUGGAAGACGGCGUCAUACCCGGCAACUACGGAAUGAAAGACCAAGUCUUGGCACUCAAGUGGGUCAGGGACAAUAUCGCUUCGUUCGGGGGAAACCCCGACACCGUCACCAUAGUCGGUAUAUCAGCGGGCGCAAUCAGCGUCCACCUCCACUAUUUCUCUCCACUCUCUAAAGGUUUAUUCGUCAAGGGGAUUUCGAAUAGUGGUUCGGUUCUAACACCGUUUGUGAUCAGGGCGCCUCAGCACGCCAUGAAACGUGCCAAGAAGCUAGGCGCUUUACUGGGCUGUCCUGACACUUCCUCGGAAGAACUGAAGAGCUGUCUUAAAGAGAUACCAGCGCGAACGGUGACAGAUCAAAUGCAACAUUUCUUUAAUUUCGGCAACGUGGCGCCACCAACACCUUUUACUCCAAUUGUAGAAAAGGGAUCAGCAAACGCUUUCUUAGACGCAGAACCUUACCAGCUCUUGAAGGAAGGUAAAGUUCUCGAUGUGCCUUGGAUUACUUCCGUUGUUACUGCUGAGGGAGUGUUUCUUACGGGAUUUUUACAGCCAUUGUUGGAAGAGGUAAACGAGAGGUGGGCAGAAAUAUUUCCCGACGUGCUGGAUUUGAGUGAUAGUCUAGAUGCAUCACAAAUAGAGACAGUGCCGAAGGAACUUUUGGACUACUAUUUGGGAGCAGGAGAAGAUAUCAACAGGAAGAAUUUCAAAAAAUUUACGCAGAUUGUCUCGGACAGGUAUUUUGCAACCGGUGCGGAACUGUCGGCUAAAAUGCAAGCCAGUGUAAACAAAUCUCCUGUAUAUGUUUACUUAUUUAACUACACUGAGGGUCAAAAUAAAAUGGAUGUCAUAUAUCCCGAACCUAUAGAAGAAGGCACAGGUGUGGCGCAUGGUAACGACGGAAUCUACUUCUAUGGGAUGUUGCGUACAUAUCCCUUCACAGAAAAGGAUAAACGCUUGAUUACUGCUUGUCAUAACGCGUUGUACUCGUACGCCACCAGCGGCAUUCCUUCUUUCGAUGGGUCAGACACCUGGCAACCAACGGGAUCUGAAGAGUUGACUUAUUUACUUGUAAAUGGACCAGAAGACAUGAAGCUGCAAAAGAGUGAAAGUUUGACUCCUGUUGACUUUUGGAGCAAGCUCGGACUCUUGGAAUAUGAAAAGGAAGUUAGAAAAGACGACUUAUGUAUUUCAUUUCUAAAUGUCAAUCAUUCAAUCAGCGUUAACAUUCCAGGAAUCUUUAACGUGGAAGACGACGUCAUACCCGGCAACAGUAGCAUGAUAGAUCACGUCUUAACACUCGAGUAUGCCAAGAACAGCCUAUCAGCAGAUUUGUAUCUAAGGAUAGUCCAUCUCGAAAUGUUGUCUAAAUUGGAAUGUCUGUUGUUUGUUCUUUCGUUUGGGAACAGCUUUUGUUCAAGCCAGGAUGAUCUGCCAGAGAUAGAGACGCCUUUGGGCAGAGUUCGGGGAUAUUGGAAGAUUUCAGAUGGCAGGAAAUAUGCUGCUUUUGAAGGAAUCCCGUACGCAAAACCACCAGUGGACGAUCUGAGAUUCGAGGAACCUGAACCCAUACACGCUUGGUCAGAAACCUGGGAAGCAAACACUCUUCACACGUGCAUUCAAGCUGAGUAUACCGAUCCUGAUGAUAUAUUUGGAGACGAAGAUUGCCUUUACUUAAACGUGUACAUCCCUGAAGAUUCCGUGAAGAACCCGAAAGCGCUCGAUGUGAUAGUUUCAAUCCAUGGUGGUGGUUUUUUGAUGGGUAGUGGUCACACCGGUUUUAAUGCGUCUCUAGAGGAGGAUGUCGUGAUUGUAUCUUUCAAUUACCGUCUUGGUAUUCUAGGAUUCCUCAGCACGGAAGACGACGUCAUACCCGGCAACAACGGCAUGAAAGACCAAGUCUUGCUACUCAAGUGGGUCAGGGACAAUAUCGCUUCGUUCGGAGGAAACCCCGACUCCGUCACCAUAGUCGGCCUAUCAGGGGGCGCAGUCAGCGUCCACCUCCAUUAUUUCUCCCCCCUCUCAGAAGGAUUGUUCGUCAAAGGGUUUUCGCAGAGCGGUUCGGCUCUAACAACGUUCGCGAACAGGAAGAAGGCAUUGGAACGUGCCAAGAAGCUCGCUGUUUUAGUGGGCUGCCCUGACAGUCCCUCAGAAGAACUGAAGAGUUGUCUUAAACAUAAACCAGCGCGAACAUUGAUAGAACAAAUGGUACAUUUCUCUAGUUAUCAGAACUUGGCGCCACCAACACCCUUUACUCCGGUUGUGGAAAAAGGAUCUGCAAACGCUUUCUUAGACGCAGAACCUUACCAGCUCUUGAAGGAAGGUAAAGUUCUUGAUGUGCCUUGGAUUACUUCCUUUGUUACUGCUGAGGGACUGUUUAUUACUGGAGAGUUGUGGCAAAACUUGGAAGACAUAAACGAGAGGUGGGUAGAACUAUCUCCUGAUCUGUUGGAUUACAGGGACAGUAUAGAUGCAUCACAAACGGAGACAGUACCGAAGGAACUUUUGGACUACUAUUUGGGAGCAGGAGAAGAGAUUAAUAAGAAGAACUUCAAAAAAUUCACCCAGAUUUUCUCCGACAGGUAUUUUGCUGCCGCUGCAGAACUGUCAGCUAAGAUGCAAGCCAAUGUAACCAAAUCUCCUGUAUAUGUUUACAUAUUCAACUACACUCAGGGUGAAAAUAAAAUGACCGACUUUUAUCCCGGGGUAGAAGGUGUGGCCCAUGGUGACGACGGAAUCUACUUCUAUGGGGUGUUGCAUACAAAUCCGUUAUCAGCGCAGGAUAAACGCUUGGUUACUGCUUGUCAUAACAUGUUGUACUCGUAUGCCAACAGCGGUAAUCCUUCUUUCGAUGGGACAGACACUUGGCAACCGACGGGAUCUAAAGAGCUGACUUACUUGGUUGUUAACGGACCAGGAGAUAUAAAGCUGCAAAGGAGUGAAGGAUUGACUUCUGUUGACUUUUGGAGCAAGCUCGGACUAUUGGAAAAUGUUGUUGUAAAAGGCGAACUGUAGUUUCCUUUCAGUAUGUUAUGUAUUUUAUAGACAAAUUUAAAUGAUCCUUAUGAAAUAUUAUAUUUAUAAAGUGUAUGCAAGGAAAAACUAAAAAAAAACAAUUCUCUAAA